UGAGGUGCAAACAGAUUAAAUUGGAAUCACUGGAGAUGUUUCAAAUGGGGUUUCUGUUGGGGAGGGGCUGCCCCAUUUGUGCUUCUCCAGGAGCAGGGGAAUAUCUAGGGCAGAAGAAUCCCUGCAGGGCCUCUGAGGCUCCCUUUGUUUCUUCCUCUCUCCCAGGACCCUGCAGCUUGUGGUGGCUUCUCGACUGCUCAGGAAGGAUGAAAGAGACUGAAUCUGUAAACCUAGCGAGGAUGGAAGGGGGAAGAUGGACAGUUGACCUGGUCAGGUUGUCUCCUGCAUCCCUCCUCACAGCCUCUGAGCGUUCCCUCCCAGGGACUUCCGAGAUAUCUGAUGGUGAUGAAUGGGAAGGGAAGAACAAGGGGGACCACAACAGAAUCCACAUAUCGGAGAAAUCAAAUAAAUAUUCAGAGUAUGGAGAGAACAUCGGCCAGAGCUCCCAGUCCACCUCCAAUCAACGAAAGAGCUUCAUUCGGAGGGAUAGCCUCACUUCACAUGAAAGAAUUCACAGAGGAGAGAAAUUGUAUCACUGCAGAGAAUGUGGAAAGAGCUUCAAUCGGAAGGACAGUCUCACUUCCCAUCAAAGAAUUCAUACGGGGGAGAAACCCUAUCAGUGCUUAGAAUGUGGAAAGAGCUUUAGUCACAGAUCACAUCUCACUUGCCAUCAAAGAAUUCAUACAGGGGAGAAACCCUAUCAGUGCUUGGAAUGUGGAAAGAGCUUCAGUCACAGUCAGAGUCUCUAUUCCCAUCAAAGAAUCCAUACAGGGGAGAAACCCUAUCAGUGCUUUGAAUGUGGGAAAAGUUUCAGUCAAAGCUCCCAUCUCAUAAUCCAUAAAAGAAUCCAUAUAGGGGAGAAACCAUAUCAGUGCUUAGAAUGUGGAAAGAACUUCAGUCAUAGCAGCAGUCUCGCUUCCCAUCAAAGAAUCCAUACAGGGGAGAAACCCUAUCAGUGCUUGGAAUGUGGGAAGAGCUUCAAUAAGAGAACCAAUCUCGCUUCCCAUCAAAGAAUUCAUACAGGGGAGAAACCCUAUCAGUGCUUUGAAUGUGGAAAGAGCUUCAGUAAGAGAACCAAUCUCGCUUCCCAUCAAAGAAUCCAUACAGGGGAGAAACCCUAUCACUGCUUGGAAUGUGGAAAGAGCUUCAGUAACAGCACCAAUCUCGCUUCCCACCAAAUAAUCCAUACAGGGGGGAAACCCUAUCAGUGCUUGGAAUGUGGAAAGAGCUUCAUUAAGAGCGACCAUCUCGCUUCCCAUCAAAGAAUCCAUACAGGGGAGAAACCCUAUCAGUGCUUAGAAUGUGGAAAGAACUUCAGUCAGAGCAGCAGUCUCGCUUCCCAUCAAAGAAUCCAUACAGGGGAGAAACCUUAUCAGUGCUUAGAAUGUGGAAAGAACUUCAGUCAGAGCAGCAGUCUCACUUCCCAUCAAAGAAUCCAUACAGGGCAGAAACCCUAUCAGUGCUUGGAAUGUGGAAAGAGCUUCAGUCAGAGCAGCAGUCUCACUUCCCACCAAAGAAUUCAUAUAGGGAAGAAACCCUAUCAGUGCUUGGAAUGUGGGAAGAGUUUCAGUAAGAGCGACCAUCUCGCUUCCCACCAAAGAAUCCAUACAGGGGAGAAACCCUAUCAGUGCUUUGAAUGUGGAAAGAGCUUCAGUAAGAGCAACCAUCUCGCUUCCCACCAAAGAAUCCAUACAGGGGAGAAACCCUAUCAGUGCUUUGAAUGUGGAAAGAGCUUCAGUAAGAGCGACCAUCUCGCUUCCCAUCAAAGAAUCCAUACAGGGGAGAAACCCUAUCAGUGCUUAGAAUGUGGAAAGAACUUCAGUCAGAGCAGCAGUCUCGCUUCCCACCAAAGAAUCCAUACAGGGGAGAAACCCUAUCAGUGCUUGGAAUGUGGGAAGAGCUUCAGUCAGAGAACCAAUCUCGCUUUGCAUCACAGAAUCCAUACAGGGGAGAAACCCUAUCAGUGCUUGGAAUGUGGGAAGAGCUUCAGUCGAAAGGACAGUCUCACUUUGCAUCAAAGAAUACAUACAGGGGAGAAACCCUAUCACUGCUUUGAAUGUGGGAAGAGCUUCAGUCACAGUCAGAGUCUCUAUUCCCAUCAAAGAAUCCAUACAGGGGAGAAACCCUAUCAGUGCUUUGAAUGUGGGAAAAGUUUCAGUCAAAGCCCCUAUCUCAUAAUCCAUAAAAGAAUCCAUACAGGGGAGAAACCAUACCAGUGCUUGGAAUGUGGGAAGAGCUUCAGUCAGAGCCACAGUCUCGCUUUGCAUCACAAAAUCCAUACAGGGGAGAAACCCUAUCAGUGCUUAGAAUGUGGAAAGAACUUCAGUCAGAGCCGCAGUCUCGCUUUGCAUCACAAAAUCCAUACAGGGGAGAAACCCUAUCAGUGCUUUGAAUGUGGAAAGAGCUUCAGUCACAGCCGCAGUCUCGCUUUGCAUCACAGAAUUCACACCAGAGAGAAAUCUUCUUAGUGUUUGGAAUGUGGGAAGGCCUUCAGUCAGAGUGCCACUCUCAUGGCCCACCAAAUAAUUCAUACAGGGUUGAAAGCAUAUCAGCGCAUGGAAUGUAGAUAAAAUUUCCCUCGUAAAAAAGUCAAUUCAAGAACUCACAGCAUGGUGAAUAAUAGAAUGGUAGAUUCGGAAUCUAGUCCAACACCUGCCAACGCAGAAAAAAAUCAUUUCAAGCAUCCAUGACAGAUGGCCAUCCAACUUCUUCUUAUAGACCUCCAAUGAAGGAGAGUCCACCCCCUUCUGAGGGAGUUCCUUUUCACUGCUGGCUCUUACUAUCAGAAAGUUCCUCCUGAUCUUUAGGAGACAUCUCCUUUUGUGUUGCUUGAAUCACCUCUUCAGAUUCCUUCAUGACCUUGAGAAGGACUUCUGUAUGUCUGAGAAUGUCCAGGGGAUUGGACCAUGCUCUAUAUUUGGGGGAAAACCCAUGGAGAGGAGUCUGAUAUAGGGCUUAAGUCGUCUAGGCAUUGGUCAGAUUGUCAUAAUUACAGACAUACUUACUGGUUUGGACGGAAGUGAUUCUUAUUCCAGGGGAAGUGGUGACCCUGAGAUUACAGGUGCUCUCACCAAUAUUGUCCAAACGUCCAGUAAAACUUUGACACAGCAGACCAAUACCCGCUGAGGUCAAUGUAUUAGGAGGUUAGGUUUAGGGCCGUGUGGUAUUGCUUCAUUGUAUGUGGGGUCCCUAUAAAGGGAACUUCUUCCUCUAGGUGGGAGGGAGACUGGUCAAUUUACCAUCAGUUGAAUGCAACAUUUAAGUCAGAUUUUUAAAAACGGAUUUGCAGAACAAAACUCACAGUUUGAAAGGCA